AUGGUGUUCCGGCAGUAUCGACGUACGUCCCAGCUUGGACGCCUUGUGUUUCAGGGCAUAAAUCCUACAUUAUGUGCUCGAAUGCAUCCUGCUGCUUUGUCAGAAAGAUAUUUGCUUCAAGUGAGCUUGCGCUACGCUUCUACAGAUCGAAGCAAAGUUGAGUACACUCUGAAGAUGCUCAAGGACGAUUUGCUGCAACAGGAUGAAGAAGCACGUAGACGACUGGUUCCCGCGAAAGCUGCACCAGAGAAGAAAGCCAGCUUGACGCAGAGAGUUGUGGAUGAGCUCAAGCACUACUACCACGGUUUUCGUCUUCUUGCCUUAGAAACGAGGCUUAGUGCCAAAUACAUGUGGCGUCUUCUCCGUGGUGAUACACUUUCUAGAAGAGAGCGACAGCAGUUGGUCCGCACCGUUUCUGAUCUUUUCCGAAUCGUGCCAUUCUCAAUAUUCAUAAUAGUACCAUUCCUGGAGCUCACUUUGCCUAUUUUCAUCAAACUCUUCCCGAAUAUGCUGCCUAGCACAUUCCAAGAAAGCAGCAAACAAGAAGAGAAACUCCGAAAACAGCUUAAAGUGAAGGUAGAAAUGGCAAAAUUCCUCCAAGAUACCAUCGAGGAGAUAGCGCUUGAACGAAGAUCCAGAGCUAUUGAACCGAAGGGUUCAAAAGCACUUGAGUUCGCACAGUUUAUCAAAAAAGUGCGCUCCGAGGGCGGAUACGUCUCAAAUCAGGACCUCAUAAAGUUUUCGAAACUUUUCGAGGAUGAGCUUACUUUGGAUAACCUAAGUAUGAGUCAGUUACGUUCAUUGUGCCGAUUGAUGUCUAUCCAGUCUCUUGGUAGCCCAGAGAUCCUCAGAUUCAUGUUACAUAUGAAGUUACGUGAACUGAAAGCUGAUGAUAAGCAAAUAGCGAGUGAAGGCGGCGUUGAAGCUUUGAGCACUAUCGACUUACAACAAGCUUGUCGUGCGAGGGGAAUGCGUGCAGUUGGCUUAAGUGAAGAUCGUUUACGAGAGCAGCUCAAACAAUGGUUAGAAUUAUCUCUCAAUGACAAGGUUCCUCCAUCGCUUUUACUUCUCUCAAGGGCGCUAUAUUUGCCAGAGGACAUAUCGUUUACUGACAGAUUGAAAGCACUCGUUCAAAUUCUUCCUGAAGGGAUCGCUGAAAGCGCACGGCAAAAGCUAACUGAAAUGGAAGGUGGAAAAGUGGAUCACAAAGCCAGACUUGAUCUUAUCAAACAAAUUGAAGAAGCUAUUGCUAAGGAGAAGGCGAUGGAAGAAAAGAAGAAAGAAGAAGAUAAGCAAAAGGCUGUGCUGUUGAAAACUGAUGAGGAAAAAGCUCGUACUCCUGCUGAUGUCAUAGCAUCGAUAUCGGCUUCUGCUAUGGAUACCUCUAAGAAGAUUGCUGACGCUGCAGUUGCUGCAUCUGAAGCAUUACAGGCCACGAAGAAGGACUUGGCAGAUGUGAUGCAGGGAGCUGUCGAUGCUGUUCGUAGCACGGAGAUGGAAAAAGCUGCGCCUUCCGAGAGCACGGUAGAUGCUAAGGAUCUUUCCUCAAUCGAGCAGAUUCUUGUAGGGGGACCCAUACAUGAAGCUAAGAAUGAGAUUCUGGAAUUGAAGGAGAAAGCAAUCGAACAUUCUGAGGAUCUUGUCGAGAUUACUGCAUUGGACAGUGCAUUCUCCGAAACUAAAGUUGCUAAGCGGCUUCGCACGAAGUUGAACACAAUGAUAGACAACGUAGAUACACUUGUAUCUAAACUUGAAGAAGAAAAGAGAGUGAUAGAGGAGACGAUUGCAGAUCCAGCGAUGGGCGAGACUGCUGCAGCAAAGAGAGAUAAACAAGUGCGUGUCCAAGAUCUCAUUGACGCUUUAACGAAGCUACAAAGCAAGCCAGCUGAAGACGGAGAGUCUGCAAAGGAAGCGGAGGCGAGGCGUUCACGAAUUGAGCAACUUCUUGUGAGUAUCGAUCAAGACGCUGAUGGUAUUAUCGACGCUGACCUCGUCCUUGAAGUAAUUGCACUGCUUGAAAAACAUGGUGAUCUCAAGCUAUCCGCUUCCCAAAUUGCAUCAAUGGUGGGAAUGCUGAAAAAAGAGUGCGAAGUUGAAGAAUUGGCCAAAAAUAUGGAGUCCCUCGACGCUCCGAUCAUGCCACAGGGUCCUACAAUCGAUGAUGCCGACAAUGCGUCAUCAAAAGAAGCCGCUGAAUCACAGAAAGAGGGCAAAAACGGAUUGCUUGAUAUUCCUAAUGUCGACCCUAAAGUCACAGUUCCGCUUAGCAACAAGAAUGGUAAUAAUGGAUCACCUCGACCCAGUCCCGAAAAACCACCCGUUUAG